AUGCGGAAACGAAAACCGCGAAAUGAUUGUUCCGAGCGCCUCGUAGACGACACCGAGCCAGAGGAGAACGAGGAUAGGCGGAAUGGGGUACUGCUGAAUAAAACGGCGGGUUUCUCGGAGACGUUUAGGCGCGCAAUGCGCAGGGUUCCAGCGAUUGUUGCGCUGCGCGCCGUGCUGCCACGCGGGAGCUGGUGGGACCUGCAGCAGCUGGCUGGGAGGAAGGCAGCACGCGGGAAAGGGGCCAGUGGUAGCAGCAGCACCGAUAGCAGCAGCGAUGGGGAUAGCAAUGGGAGUGGGAGUGGGAGCGGGGGUGCAGAAAGGGAUUCGCCCGGCGAGCUGUGGGACGCCAUUCGCAAGCUCUGGCGGUUCUGCGCGCCCAACAGGACCAUGCUCCUGUCAGAGGUGGCCAUGCCGCACUACCUAGCAGCCGCCAUAUUCAAUGCGUCUCACGGGCUCACAGACCAGUUCAGCCACAACGUUCGUCUCCUCGUCGCCAUGACUCUCGCCUGUGGCCUCUUCAGAUGCGGCGAAUGCGGCUGGCUCUGUACGAGACGCUCAUCCGGCAGGAUAUCGCCUUCUUUGACGGCCAGUCUGUGGGCGACCUCACGUCCCGCCUCGGCUCUGACUGCCAGGCAGCUGGGUACACGAUGGGCAGCGAUCUCAACAUCGUGCUGCGGCACUCGUUGCUCGUGGGUGGCCGCCGGGUACAUGAUAGGCAGCGAUCUCAACAUCGUGCUGCGGCACUCGCUGCUGAGCAUAGGAACGCUGGUGUUCCUCAUUCGGCUCAACUGGCAAAUGGCCCUCGUGACUGCGCUCCUCUGUGCCCUCAUGUGGUAUCUGCUCAUCAUCUAUGGCGACUUCUCCCGACUGAGCUCCAUGGUACUGCAGGACAAUGAGGCAGCAGCCAAUGAGGUGGCAGAGGAGACCGUCUCACUUGUCCGGGUGGUGCGGACGUUUGGCACGGAGAACGAGGAGGUGAAGAGGUACGACGAGCCUCUCAAGAGGCUAGUGGACGUGGGGCUGCGGCGGAGUGUGGCCAACGGUUUAUGGACAUGCGCUGACAACAUUGUCUAUAACGCCUCGCUGGUGGCAGUAGUCAUGAUGGCCGGCGGGGCGCUAAUGACGGGGCGCAUAACAGCGGAGGAGGUGACGCAGUUUGUGAUGUACGCGGACUGGAUGGCGUAUAACAUGUGGUGCGCGGGCGAGCACUGGGCCACCCUCAUGGACUCCAUUGGCGCCUGCCACCGCGUGUUUCAGCUGCUGGAUUUGCCGCACCCAGAGCAGCUCACACAGGGGCACGGCCAUGUGUUGCCAUCGUUGAGGGGCAAGCUAGAGUUCCGCAAUCUCUCCUUUCGCUACCCCACCCGCCCUGAGGCUAUUGUGCUGGAGGACAUAGACCUCACCAUCCAGCCGGGCGAGCUGGUGGCACUGGUGGGGCACAAUGGCAGUGGCAAGAGCACCCUGCUCAGGCUGCUGCAGCGACUUUACGAGCCCUCGGAGGGGCGGGUGCUUAUAGACGACGUGCCUCUACCAAAGGUUGACAUCACUUGGCUGAGAAGCCACAUUGGCGUCGUCAGCCAGGAGCCUCUUUUGUUCAGCAGAGACGUGGCAUCCAACAUUGCAUAUGGAAGCACCAAGAAAGUUUCCCGGGAAGACAUUGUCCGGGCAGCAACCCAGGCCAACGCGCACCAAUUUAUUUCCGAGCUGCCCGAGGGCUACAACACAAUGGUGGACAACGCCCGGCUGAGCGGCGGGCAGAAGCAAAGGAUAGCAAUUGCUCGGGCUUUAGUGCGCGACCCCACUCUGCUGUUCCUGGAUGAGGCCACGAGUGCUCUGGAUGCUGAGAGCGAGCACUACGUGCAGAUGGCAUUGAACCAAGUUAUUUAUAAAGACUCACAUGCAAGUGGACACAGAAGGCGAACCAGAGUGGUCAUUGCACAUCGGUUGUCCACCAUCCGUUCUGCUGAUAGAAUUGUGGUUCUAUCUCAUGGAAAGAUAAUCGAGGUUGGCACACAUGAUCAGCUGCUGGAGCGAAAGGGGGCAUAUAUGGAAUUGCACUCACCUUUGCAGGAACGACAAGCUAUGGAUCCAAGCAUGUCCCUCCCGCAUCUUGAGGCUCCUCGCGAUGUGCUGCGAUCUGGUCUCCAUCAGCUCCGCGACGAAGUGUCUCUUGCUCAUCCAGUAGAAGAAAUUCAGAGACAGAGAAGGAAGGAGCACGAGGGAACCGUUGACAUGAACUUGGGUAGAGUCUAUGGUUCAGCCUUCCCUGCUCAGCUGCACAUGGAGCGACAAAUACUUUCCAAAUUCAAGAGGUUGCCUGGUCUGCCAUCAUCCCACCUGGGCCUACAUUCAAUGAUGGGUACUCUUGAUGAGCUUGCAGUGGAGGAUGUGGUUGGAUAUGGAGAUAAGGUUGAAAUUCCCCGUGUGGACUUGCAUGAGAUAAUGGAAUACAAGCUUGGCCUUAUCGACCAAUUGCCCCAGGCGGAGCUUGCGCGGUUGAGCCAAGGCGCACUGACCGGCCUCCCCGUGCUGGCGUCGUUUCGCGCGGAAGACUGGGACCUGGAGCAGGGGGAACCGCGCGAGGCUCAGGGCGCAAGCGCGGAAGAACCCGGGGGGGAUCGGUCAGGCGCUGUAGUAGCAGGCGUCGGUGAUUCAGGCGGCCUUGGGAUUGACGCGCUUUCAGCAACAGCGAGAGCAGGCUCAGAUGAUCCACGGGGGAGGGAGGAGGUCACCGAGGGUAACAGAGAAGUGGGUCGCAGACAGGAGGACGGAGAGGAGGUUGCCAGGGCCAGUAGAGAGCGAGGCGAUCACGAAAAACAUUCGUCAAGUGAUGACGAAGGGAGCAGUUCAGGGGAGGACGAGGGUGGGACAAUCCAUUCCGACUCAGACACCACGGACCCCUUGUAUACCUCACACCCAGCCUCCACAUGCUCUUCCGAGGCCAUCAUAGCAUGCUUUGUGCACGGGGGCGAUCGGCCGCUCUGGCCCUUCUGUGUGGACGCGCGGCGGCUGUGGUGGUACUGGCGCGCGCUGCUGCUGCUGCUGGUGGCGCUGGUGGUAUUCGGUGGAUCGUUGGGCAUGGCAUGGCUGGGCAAGAUCGGGGACGCGCUGCUCGUGCCCUGCCCCGUCUGGCCCACGUCUGGCCUCGCGCUCUACGCUGUGCUCGUGUUCGGCAUGGGCACAUGGCCGGGCAUAUUCCUGGGUGGCGCACUCCUCGUGUACACUGGAGCCGCAUGGCACCUCUCUGAACACCUCUCCACUGUGCAGAUCGCCCUCGCAUCCCUCACAAUCGCAGCCUUCCUCACAGCCUCCGUGCUCUGCCUCUCCUUCUUCCUCACGCGCGUGCUGCACCGCCUACGCCCCCACGAUCUCACCCCUCUGGACCGAGUCAAAGACAUCUUCCUCUUCGCCCUCUUCUCCUUCCUGGUCUCCCUGCUGUUCGAAGGCCUCGUCGCCGUCGUAGUCAGCGCGUGGGAUGCUGACCUGGCAGGUGACAGCGUGGCAGUGGCAGCAGGGCUAAGAACGCUUGGGUCGUUCACAGGGAUCAUGCUGACUGUGCCGCUGCUCCUGCAGCUCACUGCCUCCUGCCUGUGCUGCUGCGCUCGGCAGCCUGGGCAGGAGGGGGAGGAGGGGAAAGAGGGGCAGGAGAAGGAGGGCAAGGAGGGGACGCCGGAGCAGGAAGGGAAGCCGGGGCAGGAGCUGCAGGAGGAGGGGAUGAGCGUCGCUGCUGAAUCACCCCGAUCCGAAGCAGAGUCUCACUAUGCAUCUGCCACGCGUCUCCAGCCACCCCUGGGCGAGCAGCACGGGCGACGGCCUGUAAACCUGGCCGCAGUAGGUGUGGGAAGUGAGGCAGAUUUGGACAUCCGGGACACUCUUUCCUCCCUGCGCUUCUGGGAGUUCAUCUUUCUGCUGCUGCUCAAUGCUGCCACGGCCUGUCUCAUCUUCUCCACCCCUGCAGCCCCCACUACUUCCUCCUCCACCAAUCCUGUCCCUGCUGCUACUGCUGCCACUGCUGCCCUCCCAUAUCUGCUCUUCCCGGGGGUCCUCUGGGCUUGCAUUCGCUUCCACCGCAAGGGCUCGGGCCUCGUACUCGUUAUAGUCGUCCUCAUUGUGUGCUUCUGCACGGCGCAGGGGCGCGGGCCGCUGGUUCGGGAGACGGCGAGUGGGACGGUGCUGCAGGUGCAGGUGCUGGUGCUUGUGCUGAGCUUGGGCGCUGUGCUGCUCGCGGCUGCUGUGAGGGACACACGGCGCCUGCGAGAGGGGCUGAGGCAGCUGAACAUGUCGCUGGAAGAGGAGGUGGCGAGACGCACAGAGCAGAUGCAGGCAGUUAACGAGGAUCUGAAGAGGUCCAAGGAGGAGUUGGAGGAGGCGGGGCGCGCCAAGACGGAGUUCCUCGCCAACAUGAGCCAUGAGAUCCGCACGCCCAUCCACGGCAUCAUCGGCAUGACAGCACUGGCUCUAGACGCCCUAGAGUCGCUCCACGAUCCCCACGACCCCCACGACCUCACCACACACCCUUCCUCUGACGCGCUGGCGCUGCGGAACGAUCUGACGGUGGAGCUGCACGAGCAUCUGACGGUCGUGGCGCAGUCUGCCGACUGCCUGCUGAACAUUGCCAACACAGUGUUGGACCUGGCGAGGAUAGAGGCGGGGCAGCUGGCACUCGAUAAAGUGCCCUUCGCGUUGAGAGAUGUGGUGGGGUCUACCAUGCGCAUGCUGCAGGUUUCUCGUGCUCUCAGGCAGCGACUGCUGGAGCAAGGUAAUGCAGGGGCAGGGAGCAACCUCCAUCCGCAGGCUGAUGCGGAGGCAGGGCCUUGCAGAGAGAGAGGGCAUGAGGCAGGAGAGAGAGAGGGGAUUGGGAAGGAGGAGGAGGAGGAGGAGGAGGAGGAGGAGGAGGAGGAGGAGGAGGAGGAGGAGGAGGAGGAGGAGGAGGAGGAGGAGGAGGAGGAGGAGGAGGAGAGGGGAGAGAGUGUGUUCUGGGCCAGAGGGGGUGGGAGAGGGGUUGGGGAGAGCGGAGGGCAGGGGCGAAGGGAGCAGGAGGGAAGCGGGGAGGAGUGUGAGUGA